GAUUUUCCAAGAUGAUCCCAACUCAAUCAAUCAACACUAUACCUCUUACCAGCCACAUUUCAGUAGUAUACAAGUUCAAUUCUUCCCUGAAUGAGAUAGCUUGCUUGGCUCAAACUUAAGCUGCCGCCAAUGCUGAUUAAUGCAUUAUCAUCAUUAGUAACCCCCUCAGCCAGCCCAUGGAAAGUUCCAGUCCGGGACGGAGACUUUUUUUUUCUUCUUUUCUUCACUAUCUACACACACUCACACGGAGAGGCAAGAACCACUGCGGAUAUUGCGGAUAUAACGGUCCAAUCCCGGUGCCUGAAUACCCGCACCUUAACUAGGAGAAGUUUUGGGUUAGUUCAGUCUGAUAAUGCCCGAUCUGGUAAUGGGUGUGGAUCUCCACAUGCGAAUAUCCACCUACCUGAGGCUUUUUCAUUCCAUAGAAACACCACAAUCCAACACUGUUUGCCUUCUGCUUCAGGUGGAUCUCCUCCAUAAGCUCGUUUCGUUUUAAUCUGGGCUUUGCUCUUGCUUGCUAGACCUGCUUCGGAUACAUAUCACGGGUGAUAAGGAUAAAUCGGCACGCUGUGAUCACCUGAUGCUAUGGAUAAUCGGAUGAUUGCCAAGACAUUCUUUUCAGAUCAAAAAGAGAAAAUAAUUAUUGUCGAGAUUUUUCUGGCUAAUACA